AGAAAUUUGUUGCCCAGAAAACUGGAUCCGCCAGAUACGUUGAAUGAGGUAGUUGCAGCGACAUUGGCAUUGACUGGUUUCAACACAUUUCGCGAGUGGGCGAAAUGAGAGGUCAUUCUGCACUACUGAGUGCUUUGGUGGAACGCUGGAGGCCGGAGACUCACACGUUUCAUCUUCCGGUCGGUGAAGUGACGGUAACACUGGAAGAUGUGAGCUAUAUUCUUGGUCUCCCGAUUAAUGGGGAUACUGUUACGGGUAGAUCAGAUAGCAGCCACCAGUUUUUGGUGGAGAACUGCAUUGCGUGUUUUGGUCGGGAGCCCGGUCCGGACGAUCACGUGUUGGGAAAGGUUAAUAUUGCUUGGGUCCAGCGGUGCAGAGACACCGAGCCGUGUGAUACUCAGGAGUCUCUCGAGCGGUACGUCCGAGCGCACAUUUUCUGCAUGCUCGGUACAAUUGUGUUUCCGGAUAAGUCGACCGUUUCACUGAACUCGAAGUUUCUACCGCUACUUAGGGAUUUUUACCGGAUUUCAGGGUAUAGUUGGGGAGCAGCCAGUCUGGCACACCUAUACAGAUCGUUGUGUCGUGCCUCACGAUACAACUGCAAGGAAAUGGAUGGCCCACUGAUACUGCUUUUUGUUUGGGCGUGGGAGCGUAUGCCGUUCCUGGCACCUAUACCCCGCGAUCAACUCGGCAAUAUUGAUGUUCCACUAGCGCGACGGUGGAGUCAUUGGCGCCGACAUAUGAGAUAUAUACGGCGGCCCACUACGCAUUUUAGGCGAGGUCUCAACGACAUGGGAAUUGACGACUUUAUAUGGCGGCCAUAUAUGGGAGUGGGGAUUCCGGAUGGCCUCGAACCCCAUAUGUUCAUGUGCUCCACUCAGUCGCCUUUAGUGUCAUUCGAGUGCAUAGAAUGGCACGCGACAGAUCGGGUUAGACGACAGUUCGGGAUGCAGCAGCUACCACCAGGCCCCGCGUUCAACCUUGGUCGUGAUUACUGCAAGCGGCUGACAGGAGCACAGAACCAUGACUGGGGACAGAUUUACAGUCAAUGGGUUAACAGAUGGACAUUUGACCGCUAUAACACAUUGCAGCUAGGCGAGGAGAUUAUUGACUUCCAUCCUCUCCCAGUGUACUACGACUGGUACACGCAGCAGUAUGGGAUUCACCUGCGGCUGUCAGAUAAAGUUCCAGGCGGAGAGUUUGGCGCCGAUGAACCACAGCAGCAACAGGAAGAACCAGCUGGCCCUCACCAGGGAGUCCCGCCUCAUGAGCAACAGGAACGUGUAUUGUUUUUAAUUCCUAGUAUUAUGGUUAUUAGGUUUAUAAAUAGCUAUCAGUAAUUAGUAUUAAUUGUAUU